AUGCCUGAAAAUGACAUAUUACCUCCUCCUGCACGACAACCUGAUUAUGCUAGCUGCUGCUCACAGUGUCAAGCAACUCUUGAAUGUAUUGCUUUUACUUAUUCGCCAUCAAAUCAACAAUGUUCGCUGAAAAAAAGUAUUGGUGGUGGUGGAAACCCAACUGGCGAUAAAAUUUCUGGAUAUAAUCCGGAUAAGUGUGGUGGUUUCGUACGUAAAGACAAGUGGGACAUACCUGGAAAUGACAUAUUAUCUUCUCCUGUAGAACAGCCCGAUUAUGCAAGCUGUUGUUCACAAUGUCAAGCAAUUUUUGGAUGCAUUGCUUUUACGUAUUCUUCAUCAAGUUAUGGAUGUUCGCUGAAAACAAGUAUAGGUAGUGGUGGAAAUUCAAGUGAUGAUAGAAUUUCUGGAUAUAAUCCGGAUAAGUGUGGUGGCUUCGUACGCAAAGACAAGUGGGACAUACCUGGAAACGACAUAUUGUCUUCUCCUGUAAAACGACCUGAUUAUGCUAGCUGUUGCUCAAAAUGUCAAGCAACUUCUGGAUGUAUGGCUUUUACGUAUUCUCCAUCAAGUCAACAAUGUUCGCUGAAAACAAGUAUCGAUAGUGGUAUCAACACAGCUGACGAUACCAUUACUGGUUACUUACUAAUUUCCAAUAUUCCAGUCGAUGCUCAAUGGGUACAGAAUGGAGUGACUGUUGCUGGAGGAAAUGAACCUGGCAAUGCCACUAAUCAACUCGGCCUGCCUAAGGGUCUCUUCAUUGAUGAUGAUCAAAUGAUGGUCAUCGCUGACUACUACAAUGAUCGUAUCAUCCAGUGGAAGAUGGGUGAUACGAAUGGACAAAUAGUAGCUGGUAAAAAUGGCUCAGGAAAUCAAUUGAAUCAACUGAGUGGUCCAACUGAUGUAUUGAUCGAAAAAGAGACAGAUAGUCUCAUUAUUUGUGAUUGGGGGAACGGACGAGUCGUACAAUGGUCUCGUCGUAGUGGCACAACUCAAGGAGAAAUUCUCAUCGAUAGUAUUAGUUGUCAUGGGUUGGCCAUGGAUGAUCAGAAAUAUCUCUACAUCUCUGACGUCGGAAAAAAUGAAGUAAAACGAUAUCGAAUAGGAGACAAGAAUAUAACUAUCGUGGCUGGUGGCAAUGGACAAGGUGAUGGUCUCAAUCAACUCCACUAUCCGGUCCACAUCUUUGUCGAUCGACAACAGACUGUCUACAUGUCAGACAACUGGAAUUUUCGUGUAAUGAAAUGGAAUAAAGGUGCAAAAGAAGGAAUUGUCGUCGCUGGAGGCCAAGGCGAAGGGAAUGCUCCAACACAAUUAUCAAGUCCUACAGGACUAUUUGUCGAUACAUUGGGUACUGUUUAUGUGGCAGAUCUCGUGAAUUAUCGAGUGAUGCGUUGGUCUGAAGGAGCAAAACAAGGCACUAUCAUUGUGGGUGGAAAUGGUCAAGGAGCAAGAGAAAAUCAGUUGAACUAUCCCGAGAGUUUGUCCUUCGAUCGACAUGGCAAUCUCUAUGUCGUCGAUUCGGUGAAUGCUCGUGUUCAACGUUUUUCUAUUCAAUAG